AUGACACUUGUACUUGAUAGAGUAGCACCUGAACAGACGCUGGUUCUCUUGAAAUUAGAAAAUGUUCGUGAUCUUCAUCAAGCAUUGAGGGCACUCGCUUUUCGAGAGAAUUGUGUUGUUGAUAUUAGCAAGAAUGGUUUACGAAUUGUCGUGGAUGAUCAAAAUUGUGUUCAAGGAAUCGCUUACUUUAAAAGCGAUUUAUUUACUGAGUUUAUUCUAAAUGAAGAUGUUGUAACGUUUCGCAUACCUCUUCCUAUUUUCACGGGAUGCUUAAGCGCCUUUGGUGCUGGAGUCAGUGCAGUUAUGAAAAUGACUUACAAUGGUUUCGGUGAACCUCUCAAAGUCAUGGUCGAAAAGGAUGGAAUUGUUGCAAGGAGCUUAAUCAAAACCCAAAAUCCAGACAUAGUAAAUAAUUUACAGAUACUCGAUUUUGAUUUCAAUCCCGCUACUGUCGCCGCAAAGGUUAUAAUGAAACCACGGAUGCUGAAAGAAACAUUUCAUGAACUUGACCAGAGCAGCCGAUCCGUUAGUUUCAAAGUUGAUCGAUUUUCACUAAGCGUAACCACGGAAGGAGAUUUGGGUAAAAUCAAGACAAAGUUUCCGCAUUAUUCUGAGCAAAUCGAACGAUUUGAAUGUAAGCAGGAUAUCGAGUUUACCUAUAGGCUGAGUCUGAAGUGGCUCACUACAGCUGCCCAGUUGACUGAUUUAUUAAGUCAGAUUUACAGAAGUCGUGCUGAGUAUUAA